AUGUCAAAGGACAUUAAAGACCUAAAAGAAAGUUAUGACUUCUUUUCUGAGAAAUAUGAAGAUACUAAAACCGAAAUAUCCAACAUUAACGCCAAAAUUAAAGGUAUGUCAGCCGCCAACUCAACUGAUUCCACCCAAGAAAUAGAUAACAUCCAACAAUAUCAAAGAAGAAAUAACUUAAUAAUCACCGGAGUACCUGAGGAAGAUAAUGAAGACAUUUUCCAAAGACUAUUUUCAAUUGCUCAGGCGCUGCAGGUUGACCUACUGGCAUGUGAAAUCGACGCUGCACACAGGUUGGGGAGGAAAAACAUAUCAGGUAGACCUAGAGGGAUUGUGGUUAAACUCGUAAACAGGUGGAAGAAGGAACAAUUUGUGAAUGCUAACCAAGCAUUUGGGAAGAUGAAAAAGAGGACUCUUCUCACUAGUGAUAUUGGCUACUCGGGACCCCAAACUAAAAUCUACCUGGAUGAUCAUCUUACUCCAGAAAUGGACAGCUCAGCAAAAAAAUGUAGGGAUCUCAAACACAAUGAGGAAAUUGAAGUCACUUAUGUGAGAGACUGUAAGAUACUUGUGAAGAAAAAAAAGCUGACCCUCCAACCUAUAUCAGCUCUGAACAAGAAUACCAAGACUUCAUUGAGAAGCUUGAUAUAG